AUGUGUCUCCAGAGCUGGUCGUGGGUCUUCAUUGCGCUGCUGCUGCUGGGCUUCUGCUCUCGGGUCAUCGGGGCUCAUGAAUGCGAGCACUGCUCCAGACUGGAGCUCGAGCUGUGCGGUGGACCGGACUGGACUCUAGGCUUCUGCGGAUCCGGACUCACCUGCGCGGCGCUCAACAGAACCGGACCGGCGCGCGCACCCGAGACAGGUGUCUGCAGAGUGGUACCCGAUGAGCCGGAUGCAGACAAGCGCUGUCCGCUGCUGAGCGGAUGUGAGCGUGUGGACGGACAGUGUGUGUGUGGAUCCAAACACUCCUGCAUCCGCACCUACAGCUUUCCUGACAGAGAUACCUGCGUGCAUGCUGGGAAAACAGCUUCUCGCCGUCACGAUCACAGACACAGGUUUGUGGGUCCCGUGAACCCGGCGUGUGUGUUUUCUGGCUGUAAUCUGACGGCCGACGGCUGUGUUUGUUCGUCUCAGAGCUGCGACGAUCACUUCACGUACGCCAACCGCAGUCAGUGCCAGCGAGCCGCAGUUUCUCCCAGGUGUGUUCAUGAUGGGAAGGAGUUCACGGAGGGCGAGGUGUAUCGUAUUGACCCCUGCUGGAUGUGUCAGUGUCGAGGCGGAGUAUCUUUCUGCUCUAGAGCCGAAUGCACAGAGAUGGACUGCCAGAACCUCUACGUUCCUAAAGGAGAAUGCUGUCCCGUCUGUAUAGAUGUGGAGCUGCUGGCGGUGGAGAGCACUAAAGCGAGCUGCUGGGUGGAUCACAGGCUGCGUGCGCACGAGGAGCAGUGGAAGGAGGACGACUGCACCUUCUGUCAGUGUGUGGACGGAGAGCCGCACUGCACAGCCAUGGCCUGCAAACAGAGCUGCCAGAACCCUGUCAAGAUCCCUGGAGAGUGCUGCCCCUUCUGUGAGGAGCCAUCAUAUGAGACAGUGAGCCCGCUGCUCUGCCCACCGUUGGAAAACUGCUCUCUCUCUGGGCAUGACUGCCCAUUUGGCUUCCAGCAAGACACCAGCGGCUGUCUUCUGUGCCGGUGUGUCAGCAAUGAAACCUGUCCUGUUGUGUCCAAGCACUGCUCUCUGGAGUGUCCCAUGGGUUAUGAGAAAGACAGCUAUGGUUGUGAAGUGUGUGAAUGUAGUGUAGCCAGUCCAAAGUGUCGUCCCAUGACAUGCAGCAAGACAUGCCCUUAUGGAUACAUGAGGAACAAGCACGGCUGUGAGAUGUGCCGCUGCGUCCGCUGUCCACCGUUCACCUGCGACAAACACUGCAGCGAGGGCUUCAGGAAGAGCAGGAAGGGCUGCAGCGUCUGCCAGUGUAGAGACGCAAACAGACGUGUGUCCAGCACCAGCGUCUCGUCCAGCUUCUGUCUGACGGUGAGCGGCCAGCGUUUCCAGGAGGGAGACGGAUGGCACGACGGCUGUAGAGACUGUUUCUGUCACGCGGGUCGAGAGAUGUGUGUGUUGAUCACCUGCCCUGUGCCCACCUGUGCCCACCCUGUGCUCCGAGACCACCAGUGCUGCCCCGGCUGUGACGACGAGGCGGGCAGCGGGCAGCCGGAGGGUCUGGAUCUGGUGGUGUGUCGUGCUCCAGACGGAGAGCUGUUCGUGGAGGGAGAGACGUGGCGUCUGGACGAGUGCAGUAGCUGUACGUGUCGACAGGGCAGAGUUCUGUGUGACUCUGAGUCCUGUCCUCCGCUUCUGUGUCACACACCUGUCCGGAGCAUAGACAGCUGCUGCCACAUCUGUACAGAAAAAACAAAAAACCCGCUGCGUCCCGUCGACAGCAGUCAUAUGCAGCUCUGCGUCUCCAGCGAUGGAGAAAUCCUGCGCAGCGGAGACUCGUGGAAACCUGACGCCUGCGGCAGCUGCGUCUGUCGUGAUGGGGAAAUACACUGCUUCUCCCAGCAGUGUCCACUCGCCGACUGCAGGCUCCCUGUGCUGCGCAAGGGCCAGUGCUGCCCGCAAUGCAUGCUGGGUACGAGUCACUCUACAGUGAUUUUACCAUGAGGAAAAGUGGGGUAUAAUUAUUAUUGCACAGCCUCAUCAAAAGCAUUAAUAAUUGGAAUAUAUACUGGUGAUGUUUUCUCGCGAGACGUCCCGAGUCAGACAGAGAUGACGCUCAUCUACCAAUCAGCAGCCUGGAUUCUGGCGGGGAUCCUGCUAGCUGUGGUCAUCUUCCUCCUGGUGGCCAUCAUGGUGAACUGCAGGAAGAACUGGGUUCAGAUGUCCUGCUACGGCGCGCCCAAGAAGACGGUGAUCUUACAGAAACACGAGAACAAGAGUUCAGUCGUCUACAUGGAGCCGUCCAGAGAAAGUCUGUUCCAGAGCAUCUCUCUCUCUAACGGACACGUCCAGCGCUAGCACUGUGAUCAUCUCCAGCUUUAUUUAGUGUUUUCAUGAUGAUCAGAGCGUCCAAACUAAACAGGAACAGUUUAUCGGACGAGGAGCUUCGGUGUCAUGAUGCAGAAACAAACCAAAGGUUCAGGAACCAAACGGACAUCCUGACUCUUCAGAGAGAAGAGACUGUGCUCAUAUUCUCUCAGUCUGUUUAUUCCUUUCUAUACAUUCGAGUGUUUUACUUGUAGUUUGUUGCCGGACUGAACAUUGCUGUGUGUUCAUAACAAACUCAGAUCCUCAAGUCAAGUCCUCCGUUCCAAACCCUAACAAGUCCUCUAACUAGACAGCAUCUGCAGGCAUCAUGACAUUCUUCACUAAACAAA